UGCAACGUCUGCGGCAAGGCGUUCCCGUCGUAUCAAGCUCUAGGCGGACACAAGGCAAGCCACCGGAAACACGCCGGAGAUGACCACUCCACCUCCACGACCACCACCACCUCCGGCGGCGGUAGCGGAAAGUCCCACGUCUGCUCGAUCUGCAACAAGUCAUUUCCGACGGGUCAGGCACUCGGCGGCCACAAACGCUGCCACUACGACGGC